AUGGCCUUAUCUCAGGAAGAGGCGUCCCGGACGAAGACCAAAGUCGAGAACAAUGCUUUGCUCACAGGAUGGAAAAUCAUUUUGGGGCUCGUGGAAGUGAAGGAUGCUCUGAAGAAUGCUGGCCAUGAUGACGAUGACACAUCCGUGGCCGCGUUUCUGAACAAGGUGAACCUUCCAGAGUUAUCGGCGAAAGGGAUCGCUCAGAGAAUGAAAAUUUACAAGCGCUUCACGCAGAAGGCUUUGCAGCAGCUUGAAGAGCUGGAUAGCCACUGUGGGCCUGCCAAGCAUGCGUGGAGUCAGAUCAGUGCCCUCGACAGCUUGGCCAGCAAGACAAGCUGCAAGACCUCGCACGUCCAGAAUGGGUUGCUGGAAUGGGUGCUCGCGGGGUACACGGUAUGCAUCAAAAACAAGCUGUUGGAGGAGGCUGACUGGAUGUUGAAGGGCACGCAAACAAAGUUCAUUGGCAGAGAACUGCUCAAGAAGAGGAUCUGCUACUUCUUGACGACCAAAUUUGCCAUCCCUGCAGCCAUUGAGCAGGAGAACGGGGAUGUGACGGAAGGCUCGAAAUCGUUGAAGCAAACUUUUGCCUCCUACGACGCUUUCUUGGCAAGCGGGCUUUUCAGUCACUACCGCAGCACGUGUGUCGUGGAUGUGGAGAAAGAGUCCUUCACUUGGUUGAACAGCCUCACGGAGACGCAACAAACCGUGCUGCAGUUCUUGGCAGGCAUGCUUGCGGGCAGCCCGUCAACAGAGGAAGUGCUCAACCAGUGUUUGGACGCCGAUUACUUGAUCUCCGCUGAGCAAGCUCUCGGGAAAGCUUGGUGGAAAGAUCGCGAGAUCUUUGAUUUGGAGCAGUGCUGUCAGGCUCACACGGCCUAUUUGCAGCCCGCAAAACUGGAGGCGGCUGCAGAACCGCCAUCGGUGCCGGCAGCACCAGUAGCACCGCCAGUACCCAAGGAUGGUUCGGCAGCAGAGCAGACGUGGCAGCCAGACAUUGUGCCAGAAGCAGCAGCUGACGUGCCGGAGAUCCCAGUGGACAGCUAUUUCCCAGCGUUGCAGCUGACCGAGUUGCAGAAGGACGUGCUGCGCAGGGUCAAUGCCGAGAAGCUGGCAAACGUUGUCUCGCACGCCAAGGUGUCGGACCCUCGGACACAUGUGUACAUUUGGGACGUGAAGAGUGGUGGUACAAACUGUAGCCCACUCGCUCACCGCUUUCCAUACCGGUUCACCCCGCCGUUCGCAAAGGGCAUGCUCACGUCGACCUUGCAUGCCGUCUUCGGGGAGAAGGCGGAUAGCGAAAGGUUGUUCCGAAAGCAGGACUUGGCCUUUUUUCUUGACGGGCGUGUGCCCACUGUUCACACGGACCUGCUCAAAGAGGUCAAGAAGGCUUUGAAAAACUUGCCGAACCAGACCGUACCGACCCGCAAGUACACAAUGUUUGAGUUCUUCUACGCAAAUCGGGAGUUCACUACCGGAUUCUUGAAGCCCAAGUCGACCAGGACACAGUUCCACGCCCUCAUGCCUGGACACACUGAGCGCGCUGUUGCGGUGAUGGGCACCCAGUUCUCGGUAGAGCACCGCGAACGCAAAUGGCUGGAGCAGAUCCUCGUGAGCUGGGCCACUAAGGUGGAGAUGUUCAAGAAAGUCGUGAACACGUCCGCCAGCGUCAAUGAGGAGGCAAUGAACGAUGAUGAGAUGAAAGCGGAGUCCGCGAGCCAGGUCGAGGCCAACGAGAGAUCCUUGCUCUGGCCAUGGGCCAGUCCGGAAGUGUUCUGGCGCGAGCUGUACAAUUGCGUGGGCGACCCCGCGAACCUAGUCAUCCUGACGGCAACGCCGUCAGCGUCAGGUGCUAUCGCAGCGGCCCGCAUGUCAGCUCAGUAUAUUGGAUGGGUCCCGAACUCAUCCAUCAAGGGUGUCCUGAUGGACGCUGUGGCUCUCCGCGUCAGUAUGGAUUUGCUCCUCAACAACCGCCAG